AUGAUGCUCAAGCCUCUCCUCCUACUGCCCUUCCUAAUUGUGCCGUGUAUGGCUACUUACUCGGUGAGCUUUUCCGUUGAAUAUCUAUGAAAGAUCGGGGACUAUUUAAGACAUGCUCCACAAAUACUAGUUGUCCGAGCGGAGGUCUGUGGAGUGAAUGGGUCACAACUGAUAACUGCUCCACGUCCUGCGGCUCUUGCUCAUCCCUCUAUCACACCAGAACUUGUCUCUCCGAGAACGCGAAUUGUAGUUGUAGGUAAAUAGGUGUUGCCAAACUUCCAACCUUUCAACCUUCCCUUUCUAGCGGCAACUCUUCCGUCUACCUACUCUGUAACACCCAGGCCUGCGUGAGUCCAGCCCAACGGACGUGUUGUCUGCCACACGUCUCCAUGAUCCUCAACAGUUCUUUCCAAUGCGGUCCUCUCCUUCAAGACACCUCCUCCUCCACGACUUCCUGUUGUCCGUCCAGCGGUAUCUGGAGUGAUUGGAGUGGAUACACUCGCAAUGACAACGAUACCGCUUGGAUCAAGACACGCAGUUGUCUAUCGGAAGAUGCCGGAUGCAACUGUACCGGCGACUCCACCUACACUCAGACGGCCUGUCCGUGCAGAGCAAUGACGGAUGUUGCGUCGUUGUGUCAGGGAUCGUAUCAGUAUUACGCUCAGAACGGAACAAUUGAUGAUGACACUUGCGUUUAUACGGCGUACCUCUGGAGUCUGAAUGGUACCACCAGGCCGUGCACCACUAACGGCAACUACUUUACGCCCGUAAUCCGCUACACGAACCCCUCAAACGCAAGUGCAUGUCUGGAAGAUCGUCCGCUCGACUGUGACUCGACGGACAACACAGACGGGUACAUGACGACGACUUUCACCUGUAACCCGGAGAACUUAUACUGGAUGUACGACUAUCGUGGAGUAUACGUUAAUGGAUGGGUUCAGAUUAACAUUCAAUUAGCCACACAACUUACGAAAUGAACUGUCUUUGAUUCUUAAAAUGUUUUGCUAAAGUUUAGCGUCAAGCUUUUCAACUUUAAGCACAUUUGCAUGACAAUACAGGUCUCGAAUGUUGUCUAUAUAACGUUGAAGAUCGUCCGGACACGGAAAUGAAAUUCGAGUUUCAAGAGAAGAUGCUGCGUCUGCCGAUCUGUUUUUUGUUAGCCGUCUUUGUUACUACCCCUGGUCAUGCAGCACUUGAAGUGAGUUGAUUAUCUUCAAGUUUUUUACAAUAUUUUGUUUCAGGCAUGCGCUUCUGGCGUUACGUGUCCGACUGGAGGCAUCUGGAGUGAGUGGGCGAGCACUCACAACUGCUCAAUGUCCUGUGGAUCCUGUGCGUCACAGUUCUGGACCAGAGAAUGUCUGUCUACAUCUGCGAGUUGCGCGUGCACGUAAGACACCUACUCCUUCCAAUUCUAGCCUCCCCCGUACUGCGAUUUCAGCGGUGACACGUCUCGCUACAAGCUCUGCAACACCCAGACGUGCACGUAUCCUGCUCAGCGAACGUGUUGUGCCCCAUACCUUCCGAUGCUCCUCAAUGGAUCGAUGCAGUGUGGACCGCUUCCCAAGAAUACCGACACGACCACCUCCUGCUGUCCUGUUGGCGGGCUUUGGUCGGCUUGGAGCGAUUUCGGACGGAACGACAAUAACACUUUAUGGGUGAAGACGAGGAGUUGUGUCUCGGAAAAUGCCGGAUGUCCGUGUACUGGAGACUCCCUACAGACUUCAGAAGCGUGUCCGUGCAGAGCGAUGAUAGACGUGACGAGUAUUGUCAAAGGCAGUUUAUCUCCUUACGCUCAAAACUACACAAUCGACGACGCGACUUGUCUCUAUACAGCCACAGCGGUGUAUACGGGCGCUGCGUGCACUUCAAGUGCGGGCAGUAUUUAUCAAGUGCCUCUGGUCAGAUAUACAAAACCGAGCGAUCCCAAUACGAAGCAGGAACUUCGAAACUGGAACUGUGCUGCAUCGGAUAUUGCCGGAAACAACAUGUACUAUUUCUAUUGCGACAUGACAGUGCUCUACUGGAAAGAAAUGGCCACGCAGAAUUAUGUCAACGGAUGGAUUCAGCUUUACUAA